AUGGGUGACAAAAGUCAUUCCUCCAGAAUUUCAUCCUAUAAAAACGCUGGUCACGGUACGAAUGAACUACGUCGUAAGAGAGUGGAGCUUAGUGUUACACUUCGGAAGCAGGCUCGUGAUGAGCAACUUUUAAAACGUCGGGCUCUGUCCCCAGAUGGAAAUGAGGAGGUACAAAAGGAAACUGAGAUUCCAACACCAGAGGAAAUUGUGCAGGGUCUUAAAUCCAGUGUUCUAUCGGUCAAGAUUUCGUCUGCUCGUGCAGCUAGACGCAUGUUGUCUCAAGAGAAGAACCCACCAAUUACUAUAAUGGUUAAUGCUGGAGUCAUCAAGCCUUUGGUAGAAGCAUUAGACAGGGAUGAUUGUCAAGAUUUGCAGUUUGAAGCAGCAUGGGCUAUUACAAACAUUGCUUCUGGCACCCAUGACCAUACUAUGGCUGUGAUUAAUGGCGGUGCUAUCCCAAAACUGGUAUCACUACUCGCGCGCGGCGGCAUAGUGGGCGAGCAGAGCGCGUGGGCGCUGGGCAACAUCGCCGGCGACGGCGCUUCGCCCCGCGACGCCGUUCUCGCGGCCGGAGCCCUGCCGACGCUGCUGCCCCUCAUGACCACCACCACAUCGCCCUCGCAGCUGAGGACCGCCGUCUGGACCUACAGCAAUUUCUGCAGGAAUAAGAAUCCACUAGUGAAGUUUGAUAUGGUGGCUCCAGCACUGACCUAUGUCUCAGAACUAUUGGAGAUGUCAGAUCCUGAUGUGCUUGCUGACACGUGCUGGGCUUUAUCCUACUUAACUGACGGGCCCAACGAGCGCAUAGAAGCAGUCCAGAACACAAAUCAACUGCUGCCGCGUCUCACCAAGCUUCUCGACCAUAAGUCCCCGGCGGUCAGAACCCCCGCACUGAGGGCCAUUGGAAAUAUGCUCACCGGUUCUGAUGAACAGACUGAUAGAUGCUUGGAUGCAGGAUGCUUGGAUUACCUCAUAGUUCUACUGCGCUGCGGUAAAUUUUCUCUGAUGAAGGAAGCUGCUUGGGCAGUCAGCAAUGUACUGGCAGGGACACAGCAGCAGAUCCAAAGAGCAAUUGACAAGGGAGUUCUGGGACAUUUGCUGCAUGUGUUAGCAUGUGAUGAUAUCAAGUGCCAAAAGGAAGCUGCAUGGGCCAUAACAAACCUGUGCCUCGGCGGUGCACCAUCCCAGUUAGAUGCACUAAUGUCUGCUGGCUUCCUGGAGCCAUAUUGCGCACUGCUAAGUUCACCUGACCAGAGAGCUGUCACCGUUGUGCUGGAUGGUCUUACCAACCUUAUGCAGGCGGCGGCAAAAUUCGGGCAAACGGAGCCGCUCUGCGUUAAACUUGAAGAGAUUGGGGCUUUAGACCGCAUUGAGGCUUUGCAGGAACACGAGAAUGAACAGAUAUACAAAAAGUGCCUUCACAUAUUGGAUACAUACUUCAUGGACCAAGAAGAUCAGGUGGCUCAACCAGAGCAGACAGAGGAAGAAUAUCAGUUUGGCACUGGGCCAGCUGCUAGUCAAAACAUCAAUUUC